AUGGAAAAACCAAACCGAACCGUUCUAAUUUCUGGAUGCUCAGAUGGRGGCAUCGGCGCAGAAUUGGCCAAAGAACUCCACAACGCAGGACUAAAAGUCUACGCCACAGCCCGCAAAACCGCCAGCAUGGCAGAACUGGAAGCGCUGGGAAUCGAAACUCUCCAACUCGACAUACAAUCCGAGGAAUCAAUCCAGGAUUGCGUCCGCCUGAUUCCUCGACUGGAUAUACUCAUCAACAACGCAGGCAUGCAAUACACGAUGCCCGUCAGCGACAUUUCCCUCAAAGACGCCAAAGCGGUCUUCGACACCAAUGUCUGGGGACAUAUUGCUUUGACGCAACAUUGCCUUCCUUUACUCCAGGAAUCUGUCUCGCCGAUGAUUGUCAAUCAUACUUCUGUUGGAUCGACCAUGUCCAUGCCUUUUAUGUCUGUCUACAAUGCUUCCAAAGCAGCUCUAUCCAUGUUUUCGGAUUGUAUGCGUCUGGAACUUGCACCUUUUGGUAUCAAAGUCAUUAAUUUGAAAACCGGAGCCGUUAAGACGAAUAUCAUUACGAAAUUGGCGGCGAAGGAGGCCGAGGUUCCUGGGAAUUCCAUUUAUUUCCCCGCGAAAGAGGCGUUAUCGGGCACUUUACGUGGAGAUGGAAUGAAAGAUGGGGGAAUGCCUGCUGAUCAAUGGGCGAAACAAGUCGCGAAGGAUUUGCUCAAAGCUAAUCCUUCGUCGAAUGUAUGGCGAGGGCAAGGGGCUACGAUGGUGUGGAUUUUGGGAUUGUUUCCUUAUGGUACUUUUGACUUUAUGCUGAAGAAGAUUAGUGGGCUUUCAGAUGUUGUUAAGGAGCUUUCGAAGCAGGGGAAGUUGGGGAGUAAAUGA